GUGGUCCAGCUGAGUCUAUGGCUGACCGACUUUGCGAGAAACCGUGUAGGAUAAGGAGAGAGAGAGAGAGAAGAAUUGAAAAUUCUCUCUAGCUUUCAUUUGCUCUCUGGGAUAUUUUCCUUUCAAGUUUCAAGUAAGAGUUGUAAUCAAGGUUCUUUGUUUUCAGUGAAAAGAGAGGAUUUCAGAUUAAUUUCUUUGUUUUUUUCUUGGUUUUGGGAGAAACCUCAUUAAUGAUGUCUGAAGGUGGGCUUUGUGUUCCUUCCACAGUGAGAGGGUUUGUUCAAGAACCGAACACAAACCCUAACCCUAAUCGUAAUUCAAAUCCUGUCAAGAAAAAGAGAAGUUUACCAGGAACACCAGAUCCGGAUGCAGAAGUCAUAGCCAUGUCACCAAAAUCUCUAAUGGCGACAAAUCGGUUCAUAUGUGAAAUUUGCAACAAGGGUUUUCAGAGGGACCAGAACCUGCAGCUUCACCGGCGCGGUCACAAUCUUCCAUGGAAGCUUCGGCAAAGGACAAACAAGGAAGUUCGGAAAAAGGUGUACGUUUGCCCGGAGAAGACGUGCGUCCACCACGAUCCGUCGAGGGCGCUGGGCGACCUCACCGGAAUAAAAAAACACUUCAGCAGAAAGCACGGCGAGAAGAGGUGGAAGUGUGAGAAGUGUUCCAAGAAAUAUGCGGUGCAGUCAGAUUGGAAGGCCCAUAGCAAGAUUUGUGGGACUAGGGAGUACAAAUGUGACUGUGGCACUCUCUUUUCAAGGAAGGAUAGCUUCAUAACGCACAGAGCUUUUUGUGAUGCUUUGGCUGAAGAAAAUGCAAGGUUUAGUUCAUCAGUUUCAGCUGCAAAUCCAAUCUUCAAAAACGAUUUGAUUAAUGGGAAUAUUUCCAAUCCAACGCUACCAGGAAUGAUCCCCCAAUUUUCCUCAUCAUUUCAACCAGAAUUUGCAGCCAAUACGCAGUUCAACCCAGUUGGGAUUGCCAAUAAUUCUAAUGCUUACUUGUCGAGCUUGCCUGAAUUGUCUCCCACGGCAUCCAUGAAUAUUUUUGGAUCGAGCUCUCACUCUCAGGCGCAGUGGUUAAACAAGUACCCAGAAGCAGCAUCCUUUGGAGCUCCCAAUCUCUCUAUGUCUUCAUUGCCAAGGGGAGGAGGAUUAAAGGAGGAAGAAGAGAGCGAAGGAAAUUUGUAUUCUAAUAACCAGAAUAUUCACCAGCAAGGCGCAGCAGCUCACAUGUCAGCCACAGCACUUUUGCAGAAAGCAGCCCAAAUGGGAUCAACAAGGAGCAACCCAAUAUUCAACGCCUCCUCUUUCAGAUUGAUGAGCUCAUCAAACAGUACUAGAAGUCAUGAUGAAGUUGAGAAAUUUUUCAGGCAACAGAAUCAAACUGAGAACUUGAAUGGGUUGAUGAGUUCAAACUCGAGCUCAUUUUUGGCCAACACCAAGGAUUUGGAACACAUGCUUGUGCAAGACAAAGCAGUAAUUUCAUCAGGAUCAGGAAGGCUCCACGCCAGUCAAAAUGAAACUAGAGAUUUUCUUGGUGUUGGAGAAGAUGCAAGCAGGCCUUUCUUUCAGCAAGAGCUAGCCAAGUUUGCUUCAAUGGGUGCAGCCAUGGAUUUGCGCCAAUACGGCCGCCAUCAAAGAUGAGCACCACAUAAGAAAUCCAAACGGUGCUCUUGUUGUAACAUGGAUUAUGAAACUAGCUAGCUAGUUUUUGAUAGCAGAUAAAGAGAGAGUAUAUUAGAUAGUUGAUGCUGAGUUGAACUCCAUGGAAGCAAUUGUGAGUCAACUCGUGAGAGAGAGAGAGGUCUUGUGAGUAGUAGUCUAGGGAAAGAGGGGGCCACUGCAUGCUGGAAGAGACUGAACAAAAGGAGGAAGUUGCGCAUCAGAAAUGGCGAGCGUCGGGUCCCUCCAUGCAUGUAGUAGUAAUCUCUUUUUUUAUCUUUUCCCCCGAUCUUGAUAAUAAAUAAAAAUAAAAAAUAAAAAAAGAUUUGUGCAA